AUGGAAAUUGUAACAUGUUCGGUAGAAAAUGAUGGCGUAACAACUGCAGCCCCUUCAACACUAUCCACUCCAGAGAGUAGAAACUAUAGACUACAUGCAAGAAGACGGAGAGAUGUAACCGGAGAAAAUGCAUCUUCAACAACAGAAUCCGCUUCGCAGCCAACAUCAUCCUUGACAACCGCAUCUUCUUCGGAAUCGUCAUCAUCCUCAACAACAGCAUCUACUUCGGAGCCAACAUCGUCAUCAACACCAGCGUCUUCUUCGGAACCAUCAUCGUCCUCAACAACAGCAUCCACUUCGGAAGCAACAUCGUCUUCUUCGGAACCGUCAUCAUCCUCAACAACAACAUCGGAAACAACAUCAUCUUCUUCGGAACCAUCAUCAUCUUCAACAACAGCGUCCACUUCGGAGCCAGCAUUGUCCUCAACAACAUCAUCUUCUUCGGAACCAUCAUCAUCCUCCACAACAGCAUCCACAUCGGAAGCAACAUCAUCUUCUUCGGAACCAUCAUCAUCUUCAACAACAGCAUCCACUUCGGAGCCAGCAUCGUCCACAACAACAUCAUCUUCAUCGGAACCAUCAUCAUCCUCAACAACAGCGUCCACUUCGGAGCCAGCAUCGUCCUCAACAGCAUCAUCUUCUUCGGAACCAACAUCAUCUUCUUCGGAAUCAUCAUCGUCCUCAACAACAUCAUCUUCUUCGGAACCAUCAUCAUCCUCAACAACAGCAUCUACUUCGGAGCCAGCAUCGUCCACAACAACAGCGUCUUCUUCGGAACCAUCAUCGUCCUCAACAGUAGCAUCCACAUCGGAAGCAACAUCAUCUUCUUCGGAACCAUCAUUAUCCUCUACAAUUUCUACUACCGAACCAACAUCGUCUUCAACAACACCAUCCACUUCGGAGCCAACAUCGUCCUCAACAACAUCAUCGUCUUCGGAACCAUCAUCAUCUUCAACAACAGCAUCUACUUCGGAACCAACAUCAUCCUCAACAACUUCUACUUCCGAACCAACAUCGUCCCCAAUAACGACAUCCCCUUCGUCAUCUGAACCUACACCCCCUCCAACAACUGCCAGUUCAAGUACCACAUCAACAACAAAAAAUCCCCUAAAUCCACCCGUAACCGAUAACAGAUUUGCCUGUUACACAAUUAAAUAUCAAGAUGCGGGCCAGAGCAUUAUGAAAAAAGGUUGUGUGGCAACAACACCAAUACAGUCAGCAUGUGACGUUGUUUCAGAAAAUUUAGGCGGUCCUCUGGAAAAAUUUUCUGCUGCCAAUUUCAUGUGUUACGAAUGUGAUGGUGACAACUGCGGUAAUGCGCCAUUGGUGAAUUGUGAAACUCAAACUACGCCGACAACUGUUUCUACUCCAACAACUACGGAAACUUCUUCUUCUUCGUCGACAUCUACCACAGUUUCCUCAUCAUCUUCAACAGCGUCGUCCUCAUCGUCUUCAACCGAAUCAUCUUCGAGUGUAUCACCGUCGUCGUCCUCCUCAACCGAAUCGUCUUCAACAUCAACGACUGUAUCACCACCGUCAUCAUCUUCAACAGAAUCGUCCUCAUCAUCUUCAACCGAAUCAUCCUCGAGUGUAUCACCGUCGUCGUCCUCCUCAACUGAAUCGUCCUCGUCAUCAACAACUGUAUCACCGUCGUCAUCAUCUUCAACAGAAUCGUCCUCGACAUCUUCGCCAGCGUCUUCGUCGUCCUCAACAGUAGCUGCACGUUCGGAUGUUUCCUAUGCAUGCUACACAAUCCUCUAUAAAGAUGCCGACAAAACGAACACCAAGAAAGGAUGUGUUGCAAAGACACCAUCCGAAAGCGCAUGUGCCGUUGCUGAAGCUAGUGUCACUGGUACUGUUGAAAAGUGCGAAAUUUGUUUGAAUUCCGAAUGCAAUUCAAGUGCCACAAUUAAAUUGUCAAUCAUGGCUGUGUUAGUCGUGUCAUUGAUGCGUCCAUUUAUGUAA